GCGAGGCUUUUGACUUUGGUCUUCCUCCGUACUAGCCUUCACUAUCAAACGCCGCGUAAUGGUCUGCUAACGGUUACCCCAGACCCCGCAUUUCUAUGUGGGUUUGUAUUCGCUGUUUCCACCUCACUUGUCUCGCACGUUGUGUAGGCUGUUCCGUAUGACGUGACGACUUGGAAUGCGGGGAAAGAGAGUACUGUACCAGGGGUCUCCAUAGUUUCAGCGACUACGGCGUGCCCAGGCCAGCUUUCGAAAUAAAUCCGCUCCUCGUUUGUGAAACCGGUCGAGAUUGUGCAUAGAUCCUUCGCGUGCAAACCGUCGCGCGUAAGGAUUCGAUGACUGUGCCUGAGCUCCCUGCGAUUCCUUCUUCUCAGGCGCCUAGAACAUCGUAUAUCAAGAUAAGAUGACAUCUUCAACAUCGAGUCCUAACUGCGAGAUCUCUCAAAAGCCAAAACGAGACGGCUAGGGGCAUAGAGGGUGGGACGAACCCCAACUAGUUUACUUGGUUUGACAGCCUCGGCAUGAAGCUGGAGCUGAAAGGAUAGUCGCCGUUCUGGCCACCUCCAAAUGCGGGAGUUUUUUUGUAGCCUGGGCGUCGAGGACCACAGCAGAUUUAAAAUUCCGCCGGAUCCUCGCCGUUCCCACGGCAUAGUUUGGUGCUGCGAGGGAUCUCUCUUCUUCCCGGUUAGUUUUGUUAAAAGCCAGGGCAUUCGCAACAAACAAGGUCCUCACACUUGCUCUGUUUGCCAGUAGUUCUGGUAUUAAACUCGAAUCUACAUUCAACCUUGACGCUUUAGCCUCCACCCAUCUAGUAACCCGUCUGCGUCAUGGCAGCGAUCGAGAUCCCAAAGCAGGCCAAGGCCGUUGUCUAUGACAACCCUGGGACGGUUUCCACCAAGGUCGUAAUGGUCGAUGUUCCGGAGCCAGGCCCAGGGGAAGUGUUGAUCAAUUUGACUCAUUCAGGCGUCUGCCAUUCAGACUUUGGCGUUAUGACUAACGCUUGGAAAGCCCUUCCAUAUCCAACUCAGCCAGGCCAGGUAGGUGGUCACGAAGGUGUAGGAAAAGUCGUUAAACUCGGGCCGGGUGCAGAUAUGACAGGCAUCAAGAUUGGUGACCGCGUCGGUAUUAAGUGGGUUGCGUCUGCUUGUGGAACCUGCCUACCCUGCUUUGAAGGCACCGACGUAUGCUGCGUCAAAGGCAAAGUUUCCGGCUACUACACACCCGGCACAUUCCAGCAAUAUGUCCUUGGACCAGCCCAUUACGUGACGCCUAUCCCCGACUCACUUCCCUCAGACGCUGCGGCACCAAUGCUCUGCGCCGGUAUCACCGUUUACGCUGCCCUCAAGCGAAGCCGUGCCCGUCCUGGCAACUGGGUUGUAAUCUCCGGUGCCGGAGGUGGUCUUGGCCAUCUCGCAACUCAGCUUUCUAGCCGUGGCCUAGGCCAUCGCGUCAUUGGGAUAGACCACGGUAGCAAAAAGGACCUUGUCUUGAAAUCUGGAGCCGAACACUUCCUUGAUAUCACCGAGUUCCCCUCCAACGACAAUGGCAAGGCCCUCGCCGAGAAAGUUAUUUCAUUGACCGAUGGCAUGGGUGCCCAUGCUGUCAUUGUCUGCACCGCAUCCAACGCGGCGUAUGCGCAGGCCGUCAGCUUCCUGCGCAUGAACGGUGCCCUUGUUUGUGUCGGCGUUCCAGAGAAUGACCCUGUUCCCAUCGGCGCUGCGUUUCCUGCAACCCUUAUUUUAAAGCAGCUUUCGAUAAUUGGCUCGGCAGUCGGAACCAGGCAAGAGGCCAUCGAGGUCCUAGAUUUUGCGGCCAGAGGAAUUAUCAGUACCCACUUUGGAGUAGAGAAGAUGGAUAAGUUGACGGAAGUAUUUGAGCAGAUGGAGAAGGGGCAGUUGCAGGGAAGAGUUGUGCUGGAUCUCUCUUAAUGUUGCAUCCCCCCUUACUAUCUUUUGCUACUCUUUCUGACAAUGAAUUGCAUGAGAUAAUGAGAAAUGAAACUAUAAUCCUGGAUAUG